AUGACACCGAAAUUACGAGUACUGAUACCGUCAAAUGGUGGAAAAGGAUAUCCACCAAAAACACCUUGUCCUGUAAAUUCACCGACACCCACAAAAAUCGAGACGGAUGGAUUCAAAGGUGAUAUCUGGGUAUUCGUUAAAGGGUAUAACGGAGAAUUGAAUAAAGGUGAUGGAAAAGAAUAUUUCGGUGUGAAAGGUAGGGAGAGUAUGAGUUAUGGGAUUGUUGUAAGAGGUAAAUACAAAAAUUCGUUCAAUGCAGAUCAAGUCGUUUUCGGAAAUGUUUUUGAGAAAUCUAUAAAAGAUAAUUUACCUUGGGGGACAAGCAUAGCGACGAAAUUUAUGUACUUCGUGGAUCCAACGGUUGAAGCAGAUAUUUACGCAGAUAAACCAUGGGCUUUGUCUCCUGCUUUAGCUACGAUGGCACAUUUAUCAUUGACCUCUGAGAAAGGAGGAAACGAGAAGCCGUAUAUCGAUGAAGAUAGUUCAAAGUGGCUGGAGGAGAACGUAGAGGAAGAUGCUCGUUUAGCCGACGAUAUCCCACCGUUCACAGAUGAUAAAUCGCAAAUAUCAACAAGGAAAAAGUGGUUGACUAAAUCUUCGAACAGACAAGCUGUUGAAGUUGAUCCAGACACUGAAGUGGGGAUGGAAUUCUCAAAUGGAUUAUUGGACUUUAAUACCCUUUCCGCUCAAUUGCCACCUCCUUUCUCACUCCAGAUACCUCUGUUGAAGUACUGGGAUGGUCAACCUGUGACAUAUGUAUGUCAAGCUAAACCCCCAAAGGGAGAAUCACCAAUAGGUCAACAAGUCUACUGGAGCGUGGCUUUUGAGAUCGUUGAUGAGGAAGUCAAAGCUGCUCUAGAGAAGAAAGGUGGCAGAGUCUUGUCUCAUGGUGAAGACCAAUCGGAUAAUGAAGGAGAUAAGAAGGAUGAUGGAGAACAGGAAGAAGAGAAUGAUGACGUUGAUUAG